ACAUUCGAUUUGCCAAGGCCACGGAACGAUGGCAUCGGACGACGAGCGCGAGGCCACGUCGCCCGAGAUGACGCCGGCGCAGCGCAAGCUGUUCGAGAUCCGCAUGAAGAUCAACGCUGGUCGCAAGCAGACCAAGUCGCAGGUCGAAGAGGAACACAAGCGGUCGCAGCUGCCGCCAGGGAAGGCGAAGAAGAUGCUUGCAGCCGAGGACGCACCCACGAAGCGCGAGCCUGCGGACAAGGCCAAGGCGUACCUGAACGACACGGUCAUGGAUGCGGAAGGCAAGUCCAAGAAGGCGUCGAAGAAAGAGAAGCAGAAGGCGGCUUUUGGCUGGGACGUCUUCAACCAAGAUUCGCUCUACAACGCGUACAAGAAGCGGCUGAAUACGCUUCCGCCGGCCGAUGGCGCCUCAUCGGCGCCGAAAACUCGCAGCAGUGACGCCAUCGAACCCUACGACCCGCUCAACUAUGGCCGGCAAGACAAGGUCUCAGAAGAAGGCGUCGACCGCAUGGUCGCUGAGCUCGCGGACCGCGCGGCCGCCCGCCAAAAGUUUAGCCGCCGGCGCCAGCACCGCGAAGGCGAGGACGUCGACUUUAUCAACGAGCGCAACCGCGUCUUCAACAAGAAGAUCUCGCGCGCCUUCGACAAGUAUACGGUCGAAAUCAAGCAAAACCUCGAGCGCGGGACGGCCAUCUAACACGCCCUUUGUACGACCGAGGCCAGGCGCAGAUUUGCAGCACUGGAGUACAUGGAUGUACAUGGUCAGCCACGGUCGUUCUUUAUUUCAUAUCAACAUUGAGCUUACAUCGU